AUGCAAACAAUGUCAGCGAUACGGUCACACUCGCUCUUACUGUAUAGUGAAUCACCAAGUUGUGUCAAAUGCGGCAGCAAUCAUAACACCGUGAACUGUGUCAAAUCUUUGGAACUGUGUGCGAAAUGUGCGUUAUGUUCUGGCGCACAUACCGCGAACUAUAAAGGUUGUCCUUCAUUAACGAAAUUUUUGAACACUUAUCAUCAGAAUAGCCACCUCAAGACCACGCCACCUGUACCACCAUUAGUGCCCUCAAAGUUGGUCUUGCCAGUCACAGUCGUGCCCCCGUCCGCGCACACCCGAUACAAAGAAAAAAAUCCAGGGCCAAGACAUACGCAGAAGCAACUUCAAGCAACUCAAACAAUAAACUUAUUUCAAAAAUUUUAUCUCAGUUUGUUACGCAACUAA